AUGGCAAGACCUGGCAAUAAACCUCUGCUUAUGAAGGUUGUCACAAGACAAGACGAUAGACCUCUGUUUACGAAGGUUGUUGCAAGACCUGACAAUAGAUCCUUGCUUACAAAGGUUGUCGCAAGACCUGACAAUAGACCUCUGCUUACGAAGGUUGUCGCAAAACAAGACAAUAAACCUCUGCUUACGAGGGUUGUCGCAAAACAAGACGAUAGACCUCUCCUUACGAAGGUUGUUGCAAGACCUGACAAUAAACUUCUGCUUACGAAGGUUGUCGCAAGACCUGACAAUAAACCUCUGCUUACAAAGGUUGUCGCAAGACCUGACGAUAGACCUCUGCUUACGAAGGUUGUCGCAGGACAAGAUGAUAGACCUCUGCUUGCGAAGGUUGUUGCAAGACCUGACAAUAAACCUCUGCUUUGGAAGGUUGUCGCAGGACCUGAAAAUAAAUCUCUGCUUAGGAAGGUUGUCGCAGGACCUGACGAUAAACCUCUGCUUAUGAAGGUUGUCGCAAGACCUGACGAUAGACCUCUGCUUACGAAGGUUGUCGCAAGACAAGACGAUAGAUCUCUGCUUACGAAGGUUGUUGCAAGACCUGACAUUAAACCUGUGCUUAGGAAGGUUGUUGCAGGACCUGACAUCACACUUCUGCUUAUGAAGGUUGUCGCAAGACCUGACGAUAGACAUCUGCUUACGAAGGUUGUCGCAAGACAAGACGAUAGAUCUCUGCUUACGAAGGUUGUCGCAAGACAAGACGAUAGACCUCUGCUUGCGAAGGUUGCCUCAAAACCUGAUGAUUAA